UGGCAAAGGUGUGGGGUUUAUACAGGAUAAAAUCUAGGAAGUCUCUCACUGAUGUACUUUUCUUUGGUUUUUAACUCGUGUCCAAGCCUGAAGGAUCAGAUCAGGAAUUCGACUGGCUGGAUUUCUCCUGCUUACCAUCCCAGGAUGAAGUCGGUCUUUGGUGUGAAGGUUUUUUCUUCUUCUGAAACAUCAUGAGCUGAGCCGCCAGCCGUGUUCCUCAGCGUCCAGCCACUCAAACCCUCCACCUCCAGCCGUCCACUCCGACCCAACUCUGGGAAGAUGGCCCUGCACCUGGAAGGGCUGCUGGCGAUUGUCAUCUUUUACGUGCUGAUCCUGUUCGUUGGGAUUUGGGCCGCAUGGAAAAACAAAAACUCCGGGGUGGAAGGAGGUUCAGAUCAGAGUGAAUCCAUCAUGGUGGGUGGACGGGACAUUGGGCUGUUUGUUGGAGGGUUCACGAUGACCGCCACCUGGGUCGGGGGAGGAUACAUUAACGGAACGGCGGAGUACGUCUAUCUGCCCAGUCACGGUUUGGCCUGGGCUCAGGCCCCGUUUGGCUACGCGCUCAGCUUGGUAGUAGGUGGUCUGUUCUUCGCCAAGCCUAUGCGCUCUAGAGGAUAUGUGACCAUGCUGGACCCCUUCCAGCAGCUCUACGGGAAGAGAAUGGGUGGUCUUCUCUUCAUACCAGCCUUAAUGGGAGAGAUCUUCUGGUCAGCGGCUAUUUUGUCAGCCUUGGGCGCCACCCUGAGUGUGAUAGUGGACAUCAACAUCAACAUAUCUGUGAUGAUAUCAGCCCUCAUCGCCAUCUUCUACACGCUGGUGGGGGGGCUGUACUCUGUGGCUUACACAGAUGUGGUUCAGCUCUUCUGUAUUUUUGUUGGUCUGUGGAUCAGUGUGCCUUUCGCUUUAGCAAACCCCGCAGUGUCGGAUAUCGGAGUCACGGCAGUGAAGAGAGUGUUUCAGACUCCGUGGCUGGGAACGAUUCAGCCUUCAGACGGCUGGAUGUGGGCAGACAACUUCUGUCUUCUGAUGUUGGGCGGGAUCCCCUGGCAGGUUUAUUUUCAGCGCGUUCUUUCUGCCUCUUCAGCUACUUACGCUCAAGUCCUCUCCUUCCUGGCCGCCUUCGGCUGCCUCGUUAUGGCCAUCCCUUCCGUUCUGAUCGGAGCUAUAGGAGCUUCUACAGACUGGAACCAGACGUCCUACGGUCCCGUCCCGCCAAUGGAGAAAGAUGAAUCGGACAUGAUUCUGCCCAUCGUGCUCCAACACCUUUGCCCGCCCUUCGUCUCCUUCUUCGGCUUGGGGGCGGUGUCGGCCGCUGUCAUGUCAUCAGCGGACUCAUCCAUCCUCUCAGCUAGCUCCAUGUUCGCACGGAACAUCUACCAGCUCGCCUUCCGUCAGUCGGCAUCUGACCGCGAGAUCGUCUGGGUGAUGAGAGUCACCAUCUUUGUGUUCGGCGCUUUGGCGACUGCCAUGGCUCUGCUAACGGGGACGGUGUACGGCCUGUGGUACCUGAGCUCGGACCUGGUCUACGUCAUCAUCUUCCCCCAGCUGAUCAGCGUGCUCUUCAUCAAGGGUACCAACACCUAUGGCUCAGUUGCUGGCUACGUCUUCGGCCUGCUUCUGCGCAUCGGUGGAGGGGAGCCCUACCUCAGGCUGCCACCUUUCAUCUACUACCCAGGCUGGACGCAGGAGGAGAAGGUCCACCAUCUGACGAAAGAGGUGGAGCACAUCGUGAUGCAGAGGUUCCCCUUCAAGACGGUCGCCAUGUUGGCCUCACUCCUGGGCAAUGCCGUGUUCUCCUAUGCGGCCAAGUAUCUUUUCGAAAGCGGAACUCUGUCUCCCAAAUACGACUUCCUGGACGCUGUAGUUUCCAAGCAUAGCAAGGAGAUCAUGGACAAGACGACCCUUGUUGGAAGUGACAACAUUAUAUUAUCCGAGAUGGCUCCGGUGAAGCCCAGGAUCGGAUCCUCACUGGCGGGAACGUUCAUGAACGCAGAGGCUCUUAGUGAUGAAGGAGAGACCAGCCCAGAUUUAAAUAAUGAACCUCAGUAGACGCCUCUGAUUGGUGGAACGUCCUCAGUCCACACGUCUGUUAAGACUCCAGGGCUGGUUUAGUGGAUUUUUUGUUUUUUCUAAAUUGCUAUGAAAAGAAAUGAACUCUUAAAAUUCACACGUAGGCUGUUGAAGCGAAACUGCUUGGAUAGCAAACUUGCGAACCCGAGAGGAACUGUGAGAAAACUAAGUGCAAUAUUCAUCGAGGGUAUGUACCAAACCUGUUUAUGUUCUUUAUGCAUAGAGAGCUCAUAACAGAGCAAUAAUAUUUUAAUACCAUCAGCCACUGUACUGUAUACAGUGAUGCAGGAUUUAUUUUAGAGAGGAACGCGUUCAGGAGAGGAAGAGAUAGAAGCUGUUUUAGCUCACCUUAAACAUCCUCCUGGGCAGUUGACACUGUAGAUAUGCAUAUUAGAGACACAGAUAGCCAAUGACUGGGAUACACGGCCACCGUACAUUCCCAUUAGUUGUCUAUGGAUGUAAUGUAAAAAAACCCUUCCAAACUGGUGGGAACGUUUUAUUACACUGUGUUCAAAUCUAUGAUGAGUAUCAGAUCCAGCCAGACGCUCACGGUAAAAACAAGAAAUGAGGCUUUACUGUUAAAGGAUUUGACAAGAGUCAUAGUCAGUGAACAGGUGUGGGUCAAAAAAGACAAGAUCCAAACCGGAUCCAAAAAGGCAAAGUCAGAAAAUUCCCGAAACAAGGCCAAAUACACAAGAAGGCACAACGAGAGUCCGGAAAGUCUCAGCAGCUCUACUGUGAAAAGUAAUGCCUCAAAAAGAACCUGCUCAAAAACGAAACUAGGACUGACCCGACAAACAGAGCAGGUGCACCAGAUCAGAAUUCAGGUGAUUGUGAAAUGUGAUUGGUGGAUUGCGAAGUCCUACAGUCACAUGAUCUCCCAGGGGAUUCUGGGAAAUGGAGUCCUUGUGUUGGUCUGUGUGUGUAUAAAGGUGAUGAGAUGAGUGAAACACCUGUCACACAGUUUUCUGAUCACAGUUAUUUCAGCUGAUCUGAAUUAUUUAAGCUGACUGUAAAUAUUUUAGCCUAAUGCAGGUCAUAUGUCGGUAAAGACAGCCGACCACUGGAGUCGUGUGGUCCUUCUGUAGUCGGUGCUCUUAUGCCCCUAUAAGGAACUCAGAGGUUUCGAAACCUGCCUCUGUUACGAGGUUGCUGAAGGUUAAUUUUUGAUUCAGUACAUAUCGUACAGAAAAACACUGAAACAUCUGUGUGAGUCUGAGGGGCCAUGUACUUGAAUACUUGAGUACUUGAGAAUGCACCCUCUCUCCGCUAUCUGGGCUCUAAUAUGCUGUAUUUAUACAGUGCUGUGCAAACGUCUCAACCCAGCGGAGAAAACGAUGCGUAAAGCUGUUAUUCCAGGCAACAAUUAGUUGUUCACACAACUCUUCGACUGUCUGAGAUCAUGAUAUAUAACUUUAGAUAUUAGACUAGAAACAGGAGCAGAACCGUUCUUGCUGUACUCUUUGAACCAAGAUAUUACUAAAUGAUUUGGAAAUGAGACAUUACUGCUAAUCGGCACUGUUUUUAUGUUUAUUUGUAUUGAUUUGAAUGUUUUGCACAGUAGUGUAUAUAUUAGUAUCUCUGUGGUUCAUAUACAUGAGGAAGCGAGUAAAUCACCAGCUCAGCUGCUCGAUUAGCACAGUUAACCGUGCCAAAUGACCUCGUCACUGAUGAUGAGACCAAAGUGUCGUUGCGCUUUAGGUGUAAUCGUUCCGUCACUGUGGAUCACAAAGCUUUUCCUGUAGAAUAAUCUGGGUUUUGAUCUGAAAUGGGAAAACGUGUCUUCGCUGAGUGUCUCUGUCGAAUAUCCUGAAUCGUUUGAUCUUCAGGUGAUCAGACGUUGGUGCAGGUGGUGUGUUAUACGUCUCUAGUUGUGCGAUGUUGUCGGGUUACUUUUGAUACUUUUUUCUGUCAGAAAGUUUUGGUAGCACUUUAUUUUACAGUGUAGUAAGAAUGUAGUAUUAAAUGGUUAAAUAUGUACCUGUUUACCAUCUCAUCAUCUCAUCUUCCACCCAUUUCUCCGGGCGAGAGCUGCUGCGGCAACAGGCUGAAAAGUCAGUCCAGGAUUCUCUGUCCAUGGCCACAAAUCCCAGCUCCUCCUUGGGAUCCUCAGACGUUCCUAAAUCUGCUGUGAGAUAUGAUCCCUCCAAAGGGUGCUGGGUCUGUCUGGGGCUCCUGUCAGUGAGGUGUGUCUUGGACUGUUCUAAUAGGAGCCAACCAGAGAGCAUCACUGUGGGAUGCCCAAACUAUCUCAACUGACUCUUCUCUAUUCGUAGUAGCAGCUGCUCCAAGCUCCUCACCCUGGCAGCGUUUUCCUCUCUGAGAGUUACACCACUGGUGUCCACCUCCAUGUCCUAGGACUGCUGUGCUGUAGUAAUACAUGUUCCAGUCAGACUCAGUGACCUCAUCUGGAAGCCUGGAAGGCUCUCCUGGGUCUACCAGGCUCAUCCAGCUGCUAAUUCAACUCUCCACCAAGUGGUGAUCAGAUGACACAUCUGUCUCUUUCCUCAAGUGUCCAAACCAUUUGGCCUCACAUCAGACAAUAUGAUCACAAAACCGAUCACUGACCUUUGGCCCAAAUCAGGACACAGCACACAUUUAACCACCUGGCCCAGCUUUUCCCAGAAGGCUGAAUCGUCCACACUGCGACUUGGUGCAUCAGCGUUUUCCUCUCUGAGACUUAAGAGUCUCACAGAGGCAAAAACUCCACUCUGCUGCCCUCAGCCUCGGACAGCCUAGCGUAGAAAGACCACACCGAUCUGCAGUUUCGCCACCAGGACCAACGGUGUGCCCACACCUUUCCCCUCACACACCAACUCAGGCUGUUUUCCUCUACUUCUCUACAUUAAUAGGGCCAGUUUCCUGUUCCUCUGUCCAAAACUCUCCAUCCCAUACCUGCUGCCCAGCUGGCGUCACACCAGACCCCCAGCUCUCACCACAAGACUGUUUUACCCUCUCAUGUUGGAGAUUUUGGAGACAUGAGGCUUCUGUCCAGCGGUGAGGACGAAGAACCUGCUUGUUAGUGUGCAGUAAUUACAGUACUUCACAGUACAUAAUUCAAUAUAUAUCAAACUAUAUUGUUACUUUUGACAGUAUAUGCACAUCAGUACUUGCUACAAUGUAAUAAUUACUCAGAAUUAAAUACACUGUUAAUAACGAAGCUUCUGUUCAGGUAGAUGUUCCCUCAAAGCUCCAGUAGUGGGUUUAAGGUCUGAUUGUGGAGCUUAAAUCAGUUCCUCCAGGUGAAAAGUUGGUAUUUGUUCCUUUUCAUAACCGAAUGUU